AUGAAGCGAGACGAGGAGUUUCAAGCUACCGAAAACAUCGACAGCAGCCAGUCGAGAGCCAUGGAUGAGAAAGCCAUCACGGGUGAGGCCAUGCUGGUAGCUGUACCAGGGGGCCAGACCCAACGUGGACUGAAAAGUCGACAUAUUCAAUUCCUUGCAUUGGGAGGCGCAAUAGGGACAGGGCUCUUUGUUGGUUCUGGGUCAAUCUUGCACAUAGUUGGCCCGGCGCCACUGUUCAUGGCGUAUCUGUCGAACAUGUUCAUCGUGUGGGUCGUCAUGAACGUCCUCGCCGAAAUCACUACCUAUCUGCCGAUGAAGGGCAUCACAAUUCCGUACUUUGUUUCGCGCUUCGUCGACCCAAGUCUUGGUUUUGCGGCAGGGUGGAACUAUUGGUAUGCAUAUGCGAUCCUCGUUGCCGCAGAGGCUUCCGCCGGCUCCAUCCUUCUCGGCUACUGGGCUCCCAACGUCAACGUCGCGGCUUGGAUCACAAUCUUCCUGAUUCUCGUGCUCUUCCUGAACGUCAUUGCGGUCUCGUUCUUCGGAGAAGCCGAGUUCUGGUUCGCGUCCAUCAAACUCAUCACCAUCAUCGGGUUGAUCAUCAUUGGAAUCGUCUUGUUCUUCGGAGGCGGUCCAACUCACGACCGUUUGGGUUUCCGCUACUGGAAGGACCCGGGCACCUUCAAGGAAUACCUCGUCCCAGGCGCCACUGGGCGCUUCCUCGCAUACUGGACGGCAUUUGUUCGAGCUGGAUUUGCUUUUAUCACUUCUCCUGAGCUGAUCGCGCUUGCCGCUGGCGAAACCAUCGCGCCGCGCCGCAACAUCCCCAAAGCCGCUCGGAGAUUCGUCUGGCGGUUGAUGAUCUUCUACGGGCUCGGGUCACUGAUUAUCGGCGUUACCGUCUCCUCUGACAACCCGCGCCUGCUAUCGCCGGAUUCCAACGCCAACGCCAGCCCCUUCGUCAUCGGCAUUCAGGAGGCUGGAAUCCAGGGCCUCAACCACGUCAUCAACGCGGCGAUCUUGACCUCCGCCUGGUCCGCUGGCAAUGCCUUCUUGUAUUCUGGGUCUCGAGUGCUCUACGGGCUCGCACUGACGAACCAAGCACCCGCCAUAUUCAGCAAGACCAGCAGACGAGGCGUACCCUACAUGGCAGUACUUGCGACCUGGGUACCGGGCCUCCUUGCAUAUCUCAACGUAUCCAACUCAGGCGCGACCGUGUUCAACUGGUUUGUCAACAUCUCUACCAUAAGUGGCUACAUAGCCUGGGUCAUCUGCCUGAUCACGUACAUCCGCUUCCACAAGGCUCUGCGCUUGCAGAACAUGCUGGACACCCUGCCGUUCCGAACGCCCCUGCAGCCCUACGCCGCACAGUUCGUGCUGGGGCUUCUCAGCAUCCUGACCCUGACCAACGGCUUCCAGGUCUUCUUCCCCUCGCAGUGGUCCGUCUCGAGCUUCCUGGCCGCUUACAUCACGCUGCCCAUCGUGCUGGCCCUCUAUGUCGGCCAUAAACUCUGGUUCCGCACCCCGUUCGCCAUCAAGGGCCAGGAUAUCGACGUCGUCACUGGUAAAAGAGAGAUGGAUGAGUUUUGCGCCUUGGAUGAGGAGCCAAUUCCUAAGAACUGGAUCCAGAAGGUCUGGUUCUGGAUCGCUUGA